CGCUCCCAACAACAACAAAAAAUGACUCCACAACAUGACCAAGAGAAUGGAACUGGCGGCGCCGCCGACAGCAGAGAGAAGAUCCAGGAAGAGAAUCUACCUGGUGCCGCCGACAGCGGAGAAAAGAUCCAGGAAGAGAAUGUAACUGCUGGUGACGCCGACGGCAAAGAGAAGAUCAACGAAGUGAAUGCAACUGGUGCUACCGACGGCGGAGAAAAGAUCGAGGAAGAGAAGGAGGUGCGUUACCGUGGAGUGAGGAAGAGACCAUGGGGAAGAUACGCGGCGGAGAUCCGUGAUCCGAGAAAGAAGAAGCGAGUCUGGCUCGGGACAUUUGACACAGCGGAAGAAGCAGCCAGAGCCUACGACUCCGCCUCAAGAGAGUUUCGUGGCGCCAACGCAAUAACCAACUUCCCUCUCGCAGUCGCAGGAGACGGUGGGAGUGCUUCUCUGACGCCAGUGAACAACACCGUUCCCUUAACGGAGAGUGAGAUGACGUUUUUGCUCGGUUCUUAUGACGUUUUAUCCCCUGCCGCAGUUGCUGGAUUUUGGAGAAAUAUUCCGGAUGCUAUUGAGCUGAAAGAUGAGCUGGUUUUUCCAGGAGGGUUUGAACCACAAGACAUGGGUUUCAGUAUUGGUCUUGAGACCCCCUGGGAUUUCGAGCAGGAGCCGGAGCCGGAGCCGUCAUCUGCCGUGGAAUAUGAGGUGAAUCUCGACCUUAACUUAGGUCCCUAGAUGUUAAUUUGAUAUUAACAGUUAUCCUUUGUAUCAGUUCGGAGAAUUCAGUUCUGUCUGUUCCUUUUGUCUGUACUUUUCUUGUAUGGCUCUUCUUUCUGUCUGUGCUAUGCUUCUAUUGGUAGAUUAAAUGUUAAAGAUGAAGCGAUAAUAGAUGUAUGGUUUUAUCA